AUGGCCUUCUCCAGCAUGUCCGGGCGCGAGGCCGACGGCCUGGACGCCUCAGACAUCCUUCAGCAGGACAUCCCCUGGGCGGCCUACAUGACCGCCAAGCUGAUCUCCGACAAGGACCUGCAGCUCAUCACGCGCUACGACAAGCAGACGCCGGACGUUCGGGCUCAUCUGCUGGAAGAGGACGGCCCCGCCUACGUGGAGGCCUUCAUGACGGUGCUCAGGAACACCACAAAGGAGCAGGUCGUUCAGUAUGUGUUGGCGACCUUGGAUGAAAUGGUGAUCGCAUCGCCUGCCAGCGUGGCUCUGUUCCACACGCAGAGCGACGUGCAUCUUUCGCGACCGCCGGAGCCCUACGGAGUCCUGAUGCGGCACCUCAGCAGGGCAGACUGGUUCACACAAGAGAAGGCGUGCCGGCUGCUGUCGGCGGUGCUGGGCGCGCGGCCGGACAAGGCGGCGUCGAUCUUCGCGUCGGAGCACAACCCGCUGACGCCCCCAUCCCAGCCCGAGAUCGGUGCCGGCGUGGUGGCCGAUCAGGCGAUCUUCAAUUUCAUGGAUUGGCUGACCAGCCAGCUGCGGCGGCCCACGAAUUCGAGCAGGUCGGUGGCCGUGGCCACGACGGCGCUGGCGGGGCUGCUUAGGGAGCGCGGCGCGCGCAAGCUUUUUCACAAGUCGGGGGGUGUGCCGCUGCUGGCGCCCCUGCUGCGGGCGGGCACUACUGGCCAGCGCGUGAACGUGCAGCUGCUCUACGAGGCCUGCCUCUGCGUGUGGCUGCUGUCGUACAUGAGGGAGACCGUGAAGGCGAUCAAGGACUGCGGCAUCGCGAGGUACCUGGUGGGCAUCGUGCGGGCGAAUUUCAAGGAGAAGGUGACGCGGGUGGCGCUGAACGGGAUCAAGAAUCUGCUGAGCAGCGAGGAGGUUGAUGUGACGCCCGACGUGGUGGAUGCGGGGCUGCCCAAGCUGGUGACGAUCCGGCUGGUGCAGAAUUGGGAGGACAAGGACAUAGUGGAGACGCUGGAAUGGCUGGAGGAGAAGCUGCGCUCCGGCAUCGCCGUGAUCUCCACCUUUGACAAGUACAAGUCCGAGAUCCUGUCCGGGCGGCUGGAGUGGGGGCCCAUCCACACGGAGGAGGCCUUCUGGCGCCAGAACGUGCACCAUCUGGAGGAGAAGGAGUUUCACAUCCUGAGGGUGCUGCUGCGCCUGCUGGAGGUGAGCAGGGAGGUGAAGACCCUGGCCGUGGGCUGCCACGACCUGGGCCAGUUUGUGAGCCACCACCCGCAUGGCCGGGGCAUCGUGAUCGACCUGCGGGGCAAGGAGAUCGUGAUGGGGCUGAUGCGCCACAGCGACCCGGAGGUUCAGAAGAAUGCGCUGCUGUGCGUGCAGAAGAUCAUGCUCAGCAAAGACAAGCUGGACUUCCUUAGCGGGCCUGUCCGGGCGUAG